AUGGUGGUAUAUGAGUAUGAGCGAUGUGUUCGUUUUGAGGAUGGCUUCGGAGAUAAUUUGAGAGUUCUGAUAACCCCACAGAGGGAUCGAGAUUUUUCUGCCCUGGUCGAGAAGGCGAAAAUUGCUGAGGAGGAUAUGGAGGUAGUCAUGAUCGGAGAACAUCAAAACUACUUAUCUAAUGUGAUCUCUGCAUUAGUGGCAGAAAAGUUGGUUCGUAAGGGAUGUGAGAAAUUCUUGGCCAAAGUAAGCGUUUCAGAUUCUAGGGACUCUACAGUUAAGGAUAUCAGAACGGUAAAGGAUGCUUCGAAUGUCUUUCCUGAUAAGCUAUCUGCACCCUUAACUAAGCUUCUACGUAAGGGUGUGUUGUUUAUCUGGACUGAUGCACAGCAAGAGAGCUUUGAAAAGCUCAAGACUGAUAGUAAGGUGGUAGCCUAUGCAUCUCGUCAGCUUAAGACCUAUGAGGCGAAUUAUCUGACGCAUGACUUGGAGUUAGCCGCUAUGGAGCUUAAUCUUAGGCAACGCAGAAACAUUGGGCAGCUUAAAGACUAUAACUGCACCAUUGAGUACCACCUUGGUAAGACCAAUGUGGUGGUUGAUGCACUGAGCUGUAGGGCUACGACUGAUUUGAGGGCGAUAUUUGCUCACCUAAGUUUAUUUGAUGAUGGUAGUCUGUUGGCCGAAUUAAAAGUUGAGAGUGGGAAUACCGAGAAUUUUGGAUUGAAUAGCGAAUGGGUUCUCUAUUUUUGUGAGAGAAUCUGGCCAGGGUUGAAACGUGAGGUUACUGAUUUUGUGGGCAGACGUCUGACUUGCCAGCAGGAUAAGGCUGAGCAUCAGUUACCUUUAGGUUUGCUGCAGUCGAUUAAGAUUCCUCUUUGGAAAUGGGAGCAUGUAACUAUGGAUUUCAUUAAUGGGUUGCCUCUAACACCCACUACGAAAAAUUCAAUAUGGGUCAUCGUGGAUCAAUUGACCAAGUCCGCCCACUCUAUACUGGUCUCGCCAUGGAAGAAGGUAUUGAGGUUUGGUCGUCAGGGUAAGUUGACCUUUAGGUUUCUUGGGUCUUACCGCAAACUGAAACGUGUAGGAGCGAUUGCCUACCAGUUGGAGUUACCUUCAGAAUUGAAUCAGAUUCACGACGUGUUUCAUGUCUCAAUGUUGAGGCACUAUCGCUCUGAUCUCACGCAUAUUGUUACUAUUCAAGAGAUCGAGGUUAGGCCAAUCUGA